CUCCAAUCAAGGCAACGUUUACCCCAAUUAUAAGUUAACAUUUCUCAUUCUAUCUUAAUUCCAUAUGUUAAUAAAUGCUAUAUCUUUCUUCUCAUAUUUUGUACUACGGUACUCAUUAAGCUUUGUUAAACAGUCUUGGUUAAAAGCAUAAAUGGAGGAAAAAUCCUCCAAACCAUAUGAAAAUGAAGGCGACCCUAAAUUCUCUGAUAUCUCUCUCAGGUUGUUAGAUCUUUCAGACAUCGACGAUUUCAUGGUGUGGGCUAGUGAUGGUAAAGUUGCUCGCUUUUGCAGAUGGGAACCUUACACUAGCAAAGAAGAAGGCAUGAGCUUUAUCAAAGACAAAGUUGCAACCCAUCCAUCGUUCAGGGCAAUUUGCAUCAACAACAGGCCAAUUGGUGCUAUCACAGUCACGCCAAAAUCCGGUCAUGAUAAGUGUAGAGGUGAGCUUGGAUAUGUUUUGGCCUCGAAUUACUGGGGCAAAGGGAUUGCUACACAGGCUGUGAAGAUGGUGGCUAAAACUAUAUUUGAUGAAUGGCCACAUUUGGAGAGGCUGGAGGCUCUUGUAGACGUUGAAAAUGUGGGCUCACAAAGGGUGCUAGAGAAGGCUGGAUUCAAGAAAGAAGGUGUUCUUAGAAAGUAUUUGAUUCAAAAGGGAAGCACUCGAGACAUGGUCAUGUUUAGUCUUCUCUCCACUGAUCCUAAAACUUAAUCAUCUGUACAAAAUUUAGUUUGUGUAAUAUUCACUGUAGUUUGUUUUCUUUUAGCUGUUAUUUGUAUUCAUAAACAGAUCA